AUGAUUGAAGAUAGUGGGAAAAGAGGAAAUACCAUGGCAGAAAGAAGACAGCUGUUUGCAGAGAUGAGGGCUCAAGAUCUGGAUCGUAUCCGACUCUCCACCUACAGAACAGCAUGCAAGCUUAGGUUUGUUCAGAAGAAAUGCAACUUGCACCUGGUGGACAUUUGGAACGUCAUAGAAGCAUUGCGGGAAAAUGCUCUGAACAACCUGGACCCGAACAUAGAACUCAGUGUGGCCCGCUUGGAGGCUGUGCUAUCCACCAUUUUCUACCAGCUCAACAAACGGAUGCCAACCACUCACCAAAUCCAAGUGGAGCAGUCCAUCAGCCUCCUGCUUAACUUCCUGCUGGCAGCCUUUGAUCCGGAAGGCCAUGGUAAAAUUUCAGUAUUUGCUGUCAAAAUGGCUUUAGCCACAUUGUGUGGAGGGAAGAUCAUGGACAAAUUAAGAUAUAUUUUCUCCAUGAUUUCUGACUCCAGUGGGGUGAUGGUUUAUGGACGAUAUGAUCAGUUCCUGCGGGAAGUUCUCAAACUACCCACAGCCGUUUUUGAAGGUCCUUCAUUUGGUUAUACAGAGCAGUCAGCGAGAUCCUGUUUCUCUCAACAGAAAAAAGUCACCUUAAAUGGUUUCUUGGACACACUCAUGUCUGACCCUCCCCCCCAGUGUCUGGUCUGGCUGCCCCUUCUGCAUCGACUGGCGAAUGUGGAAAACGUCUUCCAUCCAGUUGAAUGUUCCUACUGCCACAGUGAGAGCAUGAUGGGCUUCCGCUACCGAUGCCAACAGUGUCACAACUACCAGCUCUGUCAGGACUGCUUCUGGAGGGGACAUGCUGGCGGUUCCCAUAGCAACCAGCACCAAAUGAAAGAGUACACCUCAUGGAAAUCCCCUGCUAAGAAGCUAACUAAUGCAUUAAGCAAGUCUCUGAGCUGUGCUUCCAGCCGUGAACCCUUGCACCCCAUGUUCCCUGACCAGCCUGAGAAGCCACUCAACUUGGCCCACAUUGUGCCACCCAGACCUGUAACCAGCAUGAAUGACACACUCUUCUCCCACUCAGUCCCCUCCUCAGGAAGUCCUUUUAUUACCAGGAGUAUGCUUGAGAGUUCAAACAGGCUUGAUGAAGAACACAGGCUGAUCGCCAGGUACGCGGCAAGACUGGCGGCAGAGUCCACUUCCUCGCAGCCGACUCAGCAGCGGAGUGCUCCUGACAUCUCCUUCACCAUUGAUGCAAACAAGCAGCAGAGGCAGCUGAUCGCAGAGCUAGAAAACAAGAACAGAGAAAUCUUACAGGAGAUCCAGAGGCUGCGGCUAGAGCAUGAACAAGCCUCUCAGCCCACCCCAGAGAAGGCGCAGCAAAACCCCACUCUGCUGGCCGAGCUCCGGCUCCUCAGACAGCGCAAGGAUGAGCUGGAACAGAGAAUGUCUGCUCUCCAGGAGAGCCGGAGAGAGCUAAUGGUCCAGUUAGAAGGUCUCAUGAAGCUACUAAAGACGCAGGGGGCAGGUUCUCCUCGCUCCUCCCCCAGCCACACCAUCAGCAGGCCCAUCCCCAUGCCGGUGCGCUCCGCGUCUGCCUGCUCCAGCCCGUCGCACACGCCUCAGGACUCCCUCACGGGGGUCGGGGGAGACGUUCAGGAGGCCUUUGCGCAAAGUUCAAGAAGAAAUUUAAGGAAUGACUUACUAGUAGCAGCAGAUUCCAUCACUAACACCAUGUCCUCUCUCGUGAAAGAGCUGAAUUCCGAGGUGGGGAGUGAAACAGAGAGUAACGUGGAUUCUGAAUUUACACGGACUCAGUUUGAGGAUCUGGUUCCAUCGCCAACCUCUGAGAAGGCUUUUCUAGUGCAAAUCCACGCCCGAAAACCUGGGUACCUCCACGGCGGUGCCACCCCCAGCACCAUGCGCAGUGACAUGGCCUCAGAAGAUGGGGACCCCUACGUGCGGCCAGAGGAUGAGAACUAUGAAAAUGACUCAGUCCGGCAGCUGGAGAACGAGCUCAAGAUGGAGGAGUAUCUGAAACAGAAGCUGCAGGAUGAAGCCUACCAGCUCCACGUCAGCACUGAGACCAGACUCAAGCACCCCUGUCCUGUAACCGAGACAAAAUGGCGUAUAUUGUUUUGGGGGUUUGUGCUUUUGGGGGGGUUUCUUUCCUUGGCCCUCCAAAUUUACUUUUGGGACCUGUUCUAAGUGCAAACCCAGCAGGUUUCACCUGUCCCAUCCAGGAGAUACAGUUACAUCUUGCGGGGAUUAUUUCUUUCUUGUUCCACAAUAAAUUGCACAUCCAUCUCCAUCACAGACGAUGGCCUAUUAAUGAGCACUGGUCUAACACAGCCAACCUCCCCACGGCGCCAUGCGGAGGGAGGGAGGGAGGGAGGGAGGGAUGGAUGGAUGGAGGAGGGCAAAAUCUACUGUAUGAGAUUCAGGAGUCAGUUGCGGUUGGUCAGGACGCAAGUCGGGGUAAGUUCGGUUGGUCAGAGGGAGAUGUGCUGGAGAUUGUGAAAAAUGGAUUCUCAAGUGAUCUCUAUAAGGCAGGGAAGGUUCAUUUGUAAGUAGUAAUGUGAACUGAAUUGCAUAAGAGUGUGGCCUUUGUUGUGAUAUACUAUGUAUUUUCUUAUAUGCAUGAGCCAAACUGUCGCAUCAUAAUUUAGCACUGAUGUCUGCUUUUAUUUUGAUCAUCUUGGUCCACCCUUAUUAGUUCUUUGCUGUUAACUGUAGAGAGACCUUGUAAAUACGGCACCUUUGGUUGCUGCAAUCACCUUGGUUUGAUUCCACGCAAGGAGCCACAAACAAGAACUCCACUGUGUCCUCAGAAGAAAGGGCCUUUUUACUUUUGAACCAAAAAGAGAAAAAAAAUCAGAAAUGUUCCAUCUUGAGGCUAAUUAACUAUAAGGCGUUUUUAAUUAUGACUACUGUCAUUUGACACCAUUUGAAAUAACCAAUUCAGAGACACUAAAGAUUUCACAAUAUUCAUUGGUAUUGUAACAAAACUACUAUUGUAUGGUUUUUUGUUUUGUUGUUUUUUUUUUUUGUAUUGCUGUUAAGUAUUGUUUCAUGUGUGUGUGUGUGUGUGCUGGAACCUCCUGGGGACAUGUUAUAUUUUGAAGUGAUUAAACUAUUUAAUUGUGUGUCUAUAUUUUGGAAUGGAAUUAUUUCUUCAUUAAAAAUGUUUUUAAAAACA